AGCGGAGCAGAGAGCAAAGGCGGAGGGACAGCCUCUGUGGAACUAACUCAUGAAGAACAAGGGUGCCAAGCAGAAGGUGAAACGAAAGGGAGCCGCCAGUGCCUUUGGAUGUGACCUGACGGAGUAUCUGGAAAGUUCGGGACAGGAUGUUCCAUACGUGCUGAAGAGCUGUGCUGAAUUCAUAGAGACUCACGGCAUUGUGGAUGGCAUCUAUCGGCUCUCAGGUGUCACCUCAAACAUCCAGCGGCUAAGGCAAGAGUUUGGCUCAGACCAAUGUCCAGAUCUGACAAGAGAAGUGUACCUCCAAGACAUCCACUGCGUGGGUUCCCUGUGCAAGCUCUACUUCAGGGAGCUGCCCAACCCCCUCCUGACCUACGAGCUCUAUGAGAAAUUCACGGAAGCAGUGUCUCGUUGCCCGGAAGAGGACCAGCUGGCCCGAAUCCAGAAUGUCAUCCAGGAGCUCCCCCCACCGCAUUAUAGGACCUUGGAAUACCUGAUACGACACCUGGCCCACAUUGCUUCAUUCAGCAGCAAAACCAACAUGCAUGCCCGGAACCUGGCCCUGGUGUGGGCCCCAAACCUCCUCAGGUGUAAAAAAAUCGAAGCCACUAUAUGCAAUGGAGACGCAGCCUUUUUGGCAGUACGGGUCCAGCAGGUGGUGAUUGAGUUCAUACUGAAUCAUGCCGAUCAAAUCUUCAGCGGCGGUGCUCCAGGGGCUCCGCAGCAAGAUGAUAGCCGUAUCCUCUCGAAGAGCCUGACCUUGCCAGCCCUGUCCCUGCCCAUGAAGUUGGUAAGCCUGGAGGAGGCUCAGGCCCGAAACCUGGCGACAAAUCACCCUGCACGAAAGGAAAGACGAGAGAACAGCCUGCCGGAGAUCGUCCCUCCCAUGGGCACUCUCUUCCACACGGUCCUUGAGUUACCAGACAGCAAGAGAAAGCUUUCCAGUAAAUCAAAGAAGUGGAAAUCAAUAUUUAACCUGGGGCGUUCUGGAUCGGACUCGAAAUCCAAGCUGAGCAGAAACGGGAGUGUGUUUGUGAGAGGACAGAGGCUUUCAGUGGAGAAGGCGACCAUCCGACCAGCCAAAAGCAUGGACUCCCUGUGCUCAGUGCCCGUGGAAGGGCAAGAAAGCAAAGGAAAUUUCAAUCGAACAGUCACCACUGGUGGAUUUUUCAUUCCAGCCACAAAAAUGCACGCGAGCAGCGCCGGCAGCUCCUGUGACCUCAGCAAGGAGGGUGAAUGGGGUCAUGAGGGGAUGCCUGCCGGGGCUGAGGGGGGCUGCGAGGUGGGCGGUCAGAUCCGGCCCCUGCCGGAGCAGCUGAAGGUGUUCCGCCCCAUCGGAGACCCUGAAAGCGAGCAGUCCGCCCCGAAGCUUCUGGGGAUGUUCUACACUUCCAGCGACAGCCCGGGCAAAUCCGUCUUCACCAGCAGCCUGUUCCAGAUGGAGCCCUCACCGCGCCACCAGCGAAAGGCUCUCAACAUCUCAGAACCCUUCGCCGUGUCUGUGCCACUCCGUGUGUCCGCGGUCAUCAGUACCAACAGCACCCCGUGCAGAACACCGCCCAAAGAGCUGCAGUCUCUCUCCAGCCUAGAAGAGUUUUCUUUUCAAGGUUCAGAGAGCGGAGGAUGGCCAGAAGAAGAGAAGCCCUUGGGAGCUGAGCCUUUUCCAGCUUCUGUUGCUAAGAAGGCAGCUGCCGAGGACACCAAGCCAGAACCCGAAGCAGAGUGUAGCCAAGGCCCUCCCCUGGACCCAGGUACCCAAGUGGAGAAGAAAACCUUGGAUAUAUCCCUGGGCUCUCAACUUUCAAGGGAGCCAGAGAAGAGGCCAAAUGCAGAGAGAGUGGUGGAGGAGAGGCAGGGAGCUGGCCAGCUGAAGCCAGCCGCUCCACAGGAGAGCCUCGGGGCCAGGACUGAAGCGGCGCUUCUCCAUGAGACGGAUGAAGACGACCUAGCUCAGGCCCUGAUCUGGCCCGAGAUUCAACAGGAACUGAAAAUCAUCGAAUCAGAGGAGGAGCUCUCGUCGUUGCCACCUCCUGCUCAGAAAACAAGCCCAAUUACUGAGUCAAGGCCAGCCAGAUUUCCCUUCCCAGAGGCCCCUGGGAGCUCAUCUGGCAGCUCUACACCUCUGGAGGGAUGGACUAGGGACUCAGCCAAUCAGAGCACACAGGAGGCUGCCAUCCUUACCAACAGAGAAAACCUGGAGCCAGCCUGCAUGCCCCCUAGAUCAGAGUCUGAGCAGGGGCUCAGGCCAGACCCAGCCAGUCUAGCCCCUCUGGAAAUAAUUCUGUUUGAGAAGGUGUCUUCUCCAGCUAGGAUAGAGAUAGGAGGCUCAAGAAAUCUCUCUCCCCCACUCCCUCCUGCUCCUCCUCCUCCAACUCCACUGGAGGAGGAGCCUCGGGUCUUGCUGUCAAAGGAAGGUCCUGACAGAGAAGAUGCAUCCAGGAAUUCCAGGACAGAACCCUACACAGAGCAUUCAAAACCCAAACCCAGCCCUGACAUCCCUAGCCUCUGUCAGAGAGAGGCCACUGCAAGCCCAGGUGAGAAGCAGAAUGCAAGGCAUGCUGUUCCUGAGAGCAAAGGCCCUGCUCUUUCAAGCCCAACAAAGGAGGUUGAGGUCACCCCACAAGAAGAGGGAGAUGCUCCCCAUUCAGUGCAAGAGCCUUCAGACUGUGACGAAGAUGACACUGUGACAGACACUGCUCAGCAUGGCCUGGAGAUGGUAGAACCUUGGGAGGAGCCCCAGUGGGUGACCAGUCCCCUUCAUUCUCCCACCCUGAAAGAAGUCCAGGAGUCCCAGGUGCAUGGCUCUCAGGGCCACCGAUUAGAAAGGAGACUUCGCCACCGGCCCAGCCUUCGCCAGAGCCAUUCUCUAGAUAGCAAAACCAUUGAUAAGAGCCAGUGGACUCCGGAGGUUCCCUUCUCCAGCAGUUGUGCUAAUCUUGAAACAGAGAGGAGUUAUGAGACUCUGCAGUCCCCAGAAGCCAGGAUCAAGAUUGCCGGAUGGGAGGAGAAAGCCCUAAAAGCCUUCAGAGAGUUCUCUGGUCUGAAAGGGUUAGAGACUCUUCCCAGCCAAAAGGGGCCAUCUGGUAUACCCCCCAAACCAGUAGAAACCGACUUCAUCAGCCUGGCAGAGGAAAAGGAGCAAGGACCACAACUGGGACUCAGCAACCCCCAGAUGAAACACAGCGAUGCUCCCGGGCCAGACACCAGCAAGGAGAGUUCACCUAGGGUUCAAGACAGCGUCUCACCAGAGGAGCCACCCCUAAAGUUACAGCUUAAGAGCACUGAGUGUGGGCCCUCAAAGGGGAAACACAGGCCUUCCUCCCUUAACUUGGACUCUGCCACUCCCAUCGCUGACCUUUUCCGACUUGAGAAUGGGGCUUCCUUCAGUUCACCUGGAAUAGAGCUCUCUGAACUGGGAGACACCAAGGUCACCUGGAUGACCUCCUCUCCCUGUAAAGCAGCCCCCUGGAAUGCCCAGGACACCCAGGACCUGGACAUUGUUGCCCAUGCCCUUACAGGCCGCCGGAACUCAGCUCCAGUGAGUGUGUCAGCUGUGAGAACCUCUUUCAUGGUCAAAAUGUGUCAGGCCAAGGCAGUUCCUGUCAUCCCACCCAAGAUUCAGUACACACAGAUUCCACAGCCACUGCCCUCCCAGAGCACAGGGGAAGGAGGGGUGCAGCCUCUGGAGAGGACCCAGGAAGAACCUGGUUCAACCACAGAGACCCCUCAGAAACCCACCAAAGAUGAUUCUCCCUCCUCCUUGGAAAACCCAGAGGAAGAGCAACCAAAGCAAGAGCCGGUAGCCUUUGUAUCCCAGAGGAAGGACGGCACUACAUCGUGCACAUGUGAGGGGUCCCUCUGCUCUCCAGAACCAGGUCCAACCACUCCGCUCUCCACACAGGAUGCCGUGGUGCAGUGCAGGAAAUGCACAUCAGAGACAGAACCAUCAGGAGACAACCUUCUCUCUUCAAAACUGGAGCGAGCAUCUGGGGGCCCUAAACCUUUCCACAGGUCAAGGCCAGGAAGACCUCAGAGCUUAAUCUUAUUCCCUAUCAUGGACCACCUACCCUCUGCAUCCACAGUGAUAGAUUCCAAGGUCCUGCUGUCCCCUAUCAGAAGCCCCACUCAGACAGUUUCCCCUGGCCUUCUCUGUGGGGAGUUGGCAGAAAACACGUGGGUCACACCAGAAGGGGUUACGCUUAGGAACAAAAUGACCAUCCCUAAGAAUGGCCAAAGACUUGAGACUUCAACCAGCUGUUUUUACCAGCCCCAGAGGAGAUCCGUGAUUCUGGAUGGAAGAAGCGGGAGGCAAAUAGAAUGAGACCAGUUGACCUGCUGAUGUCUGCAAAUGUGUCAGGCUCAUCUGGAAGUUGCAGGGUCAACUGGCCAUUUUCCGGGCACAAGCUAUGUAAAUUCGAGCUUAUUUUGGCCUCUGACCACCCCCCCCCCUCCCCUUGCCUCCUCUUUGUCUUUGACCAUGUAUGAGUCCAUUUGUCAGAAGAGUGGUCAAGACAAGGAACCAAAAAGUGAGACUUAAGUAGGUCCACAUGAGCAAGUGGGGAAGGCUAGGCAAGGGAAGAAGACGCAAUGCUUGCCUCCGGUGGAAAUUGGGGCUCCUCUGCGAGGCAAAUUAUUCCUCCAUUACUGUUAUCUGUUACAGUCAUGAGCUGGCUGUGAUAGUAUCCCUGAAAGAAAGAAAGAUGUCUUGCCUGAGUCAGAACAAUCUUCCUGUUGCGAUUGACGGCUUCCUCGUGCUUUUUUAAUGCUCUUUAAAACAUGUGUUCUUUUAGACCAAGUUUCUAAUGAGCUUUGUAAAGUGCAUUGCCCCCAAUAGAAGCAGAUCUGAAAAUGCAAACUAACAUGCACGUAAGGUAUCCAGGUGGAGGAACUUCCUUGUGCUCAUU